CUUUUGUAAUUUAAUUUCUUUAGGUUUCGGAGCAAAAAGAACAAUUGACUGCAUCCAGUGAAGAAUUGGCCAUGAUGAUCAGCUGUUUUAAAGAAAAACAAGUUAGGGCCACCAAAACACGUCAGAGAGCUGCAGCACCUGGACAGGGAAUAUCAGUGGUGCGGAGGAGCGAGGUUUGCUUCAAACAUGCGCGAUGGAGACUGACUGAUGCUGACGGCCAGCUUGGAAUUGCAGAUCUAGUGCUGAAUAAUUUCUUAUAUUCUAAAGUUACAAAAAGUGAUGAUUCCGUAGAACAUUUACUGGAGCUGGGUUAUGUUAAAAUGACUAAUUUAUUACCAAAUUCACACUAUAAGAUUGUCCUUCAACCAACCGAACUUCAACCUAAUAUUCCAUUAGACAGGCAAAGAGCUUUAAGGAUCUUCUGUAGAGAAAGAGCUCCAGUGGGUGGUAUACCAGUUAAAGAACAUUUAGAACUGAAUGUGAUUCCAAUAACAAUUGGAUUGACAUAUGCUUUUGUCACCACCAUGUUAAAAUUCUUCUUUCCUGGUCGUAAUACAGGUUAGUCAAAUUAAUAAAUUAAUAGUACUAC